AUGACUACAUCAAAAUUACACACAACGACUUCUGUUUCGGAGGGAAAGCGGUUACAAGCUUCUGCUUCUUAUAACAACGUAGAUGGCAUACUUCAUUUAGUGAACAAAAAACUAAUAUUUACAGCUAAAGGAUCCAAGAAUCCUAUGAUAAGUGUCCCUUUGAGUGAUUUAAAACAAUUCUUCGUGAGCAAGCCAGACAAGCCAGAUCCAAAACUAAAAAUAAAACUGUUCUCUGAUGUCGAGCAUAUGUUCGUCUUGACCACAUCAAACGCAAAGGAAUCUUUGGGCAAAUUUAAAAUCGAGCUUCAAACGCUCAUUUCAAAACAACGUUCAGGACAUGCAUCAAAUGCAUCAUCGCGUGUGACUUCAGCUGCACCAUCUCCCAAACCAAGAAAUGGUAAUGCGCCAUCUCCAUCAUCUGGUGCGUCAUCACCAGCACUGAGAAAGACGGCACCGACUGCAGAAGAAAUUGCAUUGAGGGUAGAACUGCUGUCAAGAAAUGCGGAGCUUGCCAAAUUACAUCAGGAGCUGGUCGUUGGACGAUUUAUUACAGAAGAGGAUUUUUGGGAAACUAGAAAACACCUAUUACGAGACGAAGCAGCGAAAACCGAACAGAAGAAGGGUCGUUCAUCAACUGUUCCUGAUCUGAAACCUGUAACAGAGGAAGGCGGAGAUGUAAAAAUAAAAAUAACACCGCAGAUAAUUCAUGAUAUUUUUGAACAUUAUCCAUCUGUCAAGAAAGCAUACACAGAAAACGUUCCACAUAAUUUAAAGGAAGAAGAAUUCUGGAAACGCUACUUUCAGUCCAAAUUCUUUCACAGGAAUCGCUCCAAUGCAGAUAGAAUGAAGAACCAGCAGAAGGAUGACAUAUUUGAUAAAUGCUUUGCUGAAGAUGAAGAUGAAUUAGUUCAUGGUCCGAAGAAGAUAAGGCUCGAUCGUUUGAACCGAUUGAUUGAUUUGUCCAUGACUGCUGAGGAUCAUUUGGAGAAUGGAAACGAACCGGAUAUAACAAUGCAACCGGGUACAGGAAAAUCACUGACACUUCUUCGAAAAUUUAAUCGACACGCUGAACGGGUGUUAAAAUCCUCAUUGAGUGAAAAGCCGAUGAAACCCAAGGAUUCACCUUCUGAUUAUACACAGAAAAAAGGGUACAAGGAUGAAAUUAUAAUAGAGGAUCUUGAUGCGGACGAAGUCCAGCCGAGAAUUUUGUUAAAUAUUAAUGAUUCAAGAAGGUAUUUUGAAAGUCAGACAGGAACUUCUCUGAAUGACAUUGGACAGAAUGAACAGUUUCCUACAUCUGCUCUUACAAAUAUGAAAGCUCUUUUUGCAGAUUGGCAUCCCGAUUUACGGAAGCCAAUAAGAAGACCAGUAUCAUCCCAAGUCACGCAAAUGCUCAACAAAUCCAUCAAGGAUAGAAAUAACUUAAACGCACGGCAGCGAAGUUUGGAAAUGAAAAUUCCUCCAGCACUCGAGCAGCAGGUUAUGAACAUUCAUUCAGCUAGUAAGGAAUUUCUUCGACAUUUCUGGUCAACAGUAAACUCCACAGCCCCCGAACGAAUAGAAAAGAAUAAAAGAAUGGUCGAACAAAUAAGGAAAACGCUAGAGCGUAUAGACGAAGUUGCGGAGACGGCAGGUGAAGAUGGCAAGGUUGUACGGCUGAUGUUCAAACACAUGGAAGCUGCAUUACGGAAUGCUCUCGUAGUACGCCAGGCCGCAAGUAUUAAUGGAAAACGGAAACGGGCACAAUAA